UUUCCUAGGCACUGUAGUCAUCCAGUUUAGUCCCUUUGAACCGGAAGGCUGGAAUUGCUUCUCACAUGUGGGUUUCUUUUUCAGGGAUCUUGGGCAUGCUGCUAGUCGUGUGCAUGAUGGCAUCAACAGCUUAUACAAAGCCUGUGGCACCAGGGAGCUGCAGAUACAACAACACUGACAUCCUCUGCCACAAGUCUCUACAGAACAGCAAGAGCGCUGUGCCAUUACUGAGAGACCUCAUGAAGAACCUGCUAGCAUCCUAUCUGUCCUUUAAUGUUCAAGGCAUGAAUGAAGAUAUCUGCACCAGCCUCGCGGACAGGUUCCUCCCCCAUGGAGUGGUUGAGAGCGAAAGGCUGAUUCAAAUCCAAAAGGUCCUGGCCUUCAUGCAUGCCAGUCUAAGGGAGAUCACCAGAGAGCAGCGGGAGUUCAACCCAAACUGCAAAACAUUCCACAGUGAACUGGAGGCCGUGGCCAGCCAGAUAGCAAGCCUGGCUUCCAACGUGGCUUGCAUGAUGUGCGAGCGCCACAACACGCCAGUCACAGUGGAAGUGCCACAGCUCAACCGUCCCUCAGGGGUAUUCCGUCAGAAGCAGUGGAGCUGUUCGGUGCUCAGCAAGUCUGCGUUGUUUUUCAGACCGGACCUCAUCUCCGAAGGACCUUAGCAAGCACCGCAUUUGAACUGGGGUCUGUAAUCGUACAGAUUUGAAACUCUGUGGGAUGCAAAACACACACACACACACAAAAUAUGCCAAAAGCAGUGCAUGUGGUUUUAUGAUUACCCUAAAUAGAACAUAAACGGCUGGUUUCACAUACCUUGGUUAGCACUAAUCUUGAACCAUCUAUCUAAUGCUGUUUCAGGUAAUCAGGGUUUGUGAAACCCAGACGAUAGUAUUUGAAGUUGUUUGAGUUAGUAUUGAAGCACUGUUGUGACCGAUGCGGGCAUCUGAAAUAUUUAUUUUUUAUAUGCGUUAUUUAUUAAUUUAUUAUUUAUUUAUAAUCACUAAAUAUGGAUCUUUUUUUAUUAAAGUUUUUUUUUGCAAUGUAUGAUUCUGACUAAAUGUAUUAUUAGACUAUAAAUGUAAAACAUUUUAAGCUAUCCUGUAGUCAAGACCAUGUGAACAAAGAUGCACUGAUCGAAAAGGAAAAAGAAAACAAAGUAACUGUACUGUAAAAUGAAACUCUCACACUGAACCUUAGUGAGUGGGACCGUUUUAUUUUUGUUCUGAAUUAUGAGACAGAAGCUUCUUUUUUUAUUGAAAUAUAAAAUUAAAUUCUCUGUUGAAAUGUUCCAAAAAGUAUUAUUUGUAAAAGGUUAUUUAAUAACAAAAUAUAUUUUGUAAUAGUUUUGUACUUUAUAAAUAAAACAUUUUUUUUUAAGUCAGCAUGUUUUUUAAAUUAUAUUGGGAUCUUG